AAGUUGAAAAUAAAAUUGUCUAUCCUUCAGGCAUGCAGGCUUCCUCUAGUGGUCUCGUCAAGGCGGACGAGGGGCCGAGUCGCAAGCGUCCAACACCAACAGACAGCCAAAAGAAAGCAAAGAAGAAAUGUUUCUGGACUGGCCUUGGAGGACUGGAGGACGUGGGCAGCUCUGAUGAAGGAAGUGAAGACAGCGACAGCGAGGCCUCUCCAUCCACCUCUGGGGCUUCAUGUAGUUCAGAUGUUCCCAAACCAGCUGUGCCGCCUUCUGCCACCAGAGAGAGUGAGAGGACAGACCCUCAGGACCAGCCCAGCAGCUCCUCCUCCCAGAGUCCCGCACCGAGCUCCCCAACACCGGUGGAGGAGGUGCAGAAGGAGGCCGAAAAAGAGUGUACAGCUGAAACCAGCCAAAACGCCAGCACAGAAGAGGAUAAAUCGCAGGUUGUGCCCACAGAAGCACCAAGCGGCCCAGCCGAGACCAGUCAGGCACAGGAAGAGGCGGAGGGACCGUUGGAUCUGCUUUCUGUGAGUGGGCCGGAGCAGCUGGAGGCUUUGGGUCUGGAGCGGCUGAAGAAAGAGCUGAUGGAACGAGGGAUGAAGUGUGGAGGGACACUGCAGGAACGGGCUGCGCGUCUGUUCUCCGUCAAAGGACUGAGUCCAGAUCAGAUUGACCCUGCGCUCUUGGCCACCAAGGGCAAGAAGAAAUAACCUGUGUUUCUUAAACCAGUGUUUUUGACCUGUUUUGCUUUGCUUGUGUUUGGUAUGUCUGUAGUUAUUUUUAAAGUUAUUGUUUAUAAAAUUCUAACACCUAA